AUGAAGAACAUUUCUUAUGCUUCAGUUGUUGGAAGCCUAAUGUAUGCUCAAGUCUGCGCAAAACCUGACAUUGCUUUUGCGGUUGGAGUAUUAGGAAGACAUCAAAGUAAUCCAGGCUUAGACCAUUGGAAAGCUGCAAAGAAAGUGAUGAGAUGUCUUCAAGGGACUAAGAACUACAUGCUUAUGUUUAGAUGGAUUGACAACUUGGAAGUAAUUGGGUACUCAAAUUCAGACUACGCUGGUUGCAUUGAUUCCAGAAAAUCCACUUCAGGAUAUAUUUUCAUGCUAGCCAGUGGAGCUGUGUCUUGGAGAAGUGUCAAGCAGACCUUGACUGCUACUUCCACUAUGGAGGCUGAGUUCGUUUCUUGUAUUGAGGCUACCUCACAUGGUGUAUAG